AUGCCAUAAUUUCAUGAAAUGUUAAAAGAAUACCAAAUUCUUUAUAAAGAAUAAUGUUCAUCUUUCAUUUAAGAUAGUCAUACAUUAUGGCCAAUCAGUGCCAAAAAUGGAGCAGAAGAAGCAUAAAAUGUGUUCAAUUUAGGAUGGGAUUUAGAGACAAUAAUUUCAAAUUGGUAAAAUGAAUAAACAUUACUUCCUGAUGAAUAUUAAUAUGAGCUAUAUUCAUAAUUGAUAGUAAUGAAUUAAACAUUAAUUAGAUGAGAUAUUUACAAUAAUAUUAAGUGUGAUAGGUGUAAUAAUAUUAUUAUGUUGCUGUUAAAUAUUUUGUAUUCCAAAAUACAAGGUUUUCAUGAGAUGUUGUUACAUUAAUGUUGAAACAGAUACCAAAAGCACUUUUGAAAAAUACUUUCUAUUUUUUGGUAUAAUACUAUUGAGUUUAAUGUUAUGUACAGUUUGUGGAUUAUCUUAUACUGAUAAAUAAAUAGAAAGUAGGUAUUAAAUCUAUUUAAAGUAGUUUAUUAUAAGUGAAAUGUAUAUCUUUAUGGAUGAUUGAGAAUACAAUUGAAUAAUAAAAUGAAUAAGGAUGGCAUAAUGAUUGGUAAGGCAUAUUGUACAUUAAUAAACAGAUUAAAUCACUCACUUAGGAACUAUCAGAUUAAUCUAGAUAGAAUGCUAUUAAAUAAUUAAGUUAAAUUAAAACAAAAUAAUUAUAAUAGUAAUAUAAAAUAGAGAAUCAAUAUUUAUCUGAUUUAUACGAAUAUAAUUUUGAACAUAAAUUAAUUAAUCCUAAUCCUUAUAGUAAAUAAUAAUAUAUUUAAAGUAAUUUUAUUGAAUAAAUUGGACCUAGUAAUUAAUUAGGUACUGUAACAAAUCUUUUAUUAGAAGAAUUAUCAUCAAGAGAUUAAGCAAUAUAUUUAAUGAAAAUAAUUAAAUCAAAAUCAUAAUACAUAAAUAUAACUUAAAUAAUACAAUAUCUUAAUCAAAGUUAAUCAUAAUUAAACGAUUUUUCAUAUAACAUUAUUAAUUUUUUAUCUAAACUUGAAUAAACUUUAAAUACUAAAAGUUGGAUAUUUGAUUCAGGAGUAACUGCAUAUAAAAGAUUUUUAAUUAUUACUUGUACUACUACUAUUAUUUUACUAUUUUCAUUUUCAUUAGUUACUUGGUUUAGAUUUUAAAAAAUGGGAUUUCUACUACAUAUAUCUUGGAUUGCUCUUGCAGUAUUAUUAAUAAUAGGUUUUAUUAUAUUAAUAUUUGUAUAUUAUGUUUCAUUGAUAAAUAAUAAUAUGGUUUGCAAUUUAACUCAUGGAGUAAUUCAUGAUAAAAAUGUAUUAAAAAGAAUCAUUAAAAUUAUGAAACCUACUAAACAUUUUAUUAAAACUAAAUCCUUUUUUCAAUAAGUUGAGGUUUGUUUGUAUUAAAAUGGAGAUUUUGUAUCAUAUUUUGAUUUGAAUUAAACUUUCGAAAAUAUUAUUGAUCUUGAUAAAUCAAUAUAAGAAUUUGAUAAACUAUCAUAUUCUCAUAAUGUUAUUAAUUUCUAUUAAUCUGUUAUAUCCUCAUACUUUACAAAUUAUAGUUUAGUGAUUGAUAAUAAUAAUUAGGAUAAUCCAUAAAAUAUAUUAAGAAAUAUGAACAAUUGGACAGACUAUAAUAUUGACAAAUCAAUGCAAAUACUAUUUGGAGGAUGUAGAGUUUCAUAAGAUGAAUGGGAAUGGAAAGACCAAGAUUGCAAAUAUUAUAAAGCCGAUCUACUCAAAUUAAAGUAAUGAUAACCAGAUCUAAUAGGUGAAACAGUUUCUAUAGUAAUCCUCAUCGAGAAUUCGGUAUGGCCAUUUGUUUAAUUUUUGAUUCUUGUAAUUAAGACUUUGCUAAAUAAAGGUAUCUGGAAUAAUAUAAGAGAUGUAAAACUAAAAAUUAAGAAAGUAUAUCAUAAAUAGUUUUAAAGUACUUUGAUCAAAUCAAAUUAUAUAUUGAUUCAGUUAAUAGUACUUUUAAACCAAUUUUAUCUAAUCUAACUGAAUAUGAAUAAUUAUUAACUAAUCUAGACAAUGAAAUUAAAUAACAAAUAGUUAAUUUGACUUAUUAUGGAAGUCAACUCAACUUAAUUUUUCAUAAAACAUAAAAUCUAACAAACACUUUAAAUUGCUCAUACAUUAAACAAGGAACUAUUAGAUUCAAAAAUACCUUUUGUACAACUUUACUAAAUGGCUUGUUUUUUAUGUAUAUAUACUUAAUUUCAAUCUGUAUUCUCUUGAGUUGUUUGGGAAUACUCUCAGUGUGGUCAGCAAUGAGAUGCAUACCUAAAUCAGAAUAACAUUAAGUCUUUUUAGAAGCAGCUAUUGGACCUAUGUAAUAAAGAACCAUCCAAAGAAAAAGUUUAGAUGUGAAUUGA